CCCAACAGCAAACAUCGUCUUUCGUGAAUUCAGUUCAGUAUCUCUCAAGGAGUCGUGUCAGUAGAACGUAAAUGUUGCUAUUAUAGUAGAUAUUUUUGUUAUUUUAUUUUGUGUUAAUUUGAUCUCAAAAUGCUAGGCGUUAAGAGUGAUAUUAGCACAAUGUUUGUAUUCUGCGUUUUAGCAGUAUCGGUAACGAAGUUUGACUUCGCGGCGGGCGCGGCGGUGGACCGACCAGACACUAACAAGGAUCUGGUGCUCGCAUUUGUUGUGCACAGACACGGCGAGCGGACCCCGGCGGAGGAGGAGGCGGCCUUAUCGCCAGAUCUGGAGGUCAUUAAGGAAAUCAUCGAACUAGACGGUUACGAGGCGCUUACUAAUGAAGGCAAACGCCGAGCAUACCAGAUCGGCAAGUUCCUCCGCCAGCGAUACGGCUCCAGCCAGGGUUACCACCUCAUCUCCAAGGAAUACCGUUACGAGGAGCUGUCCCUUCGCACCACGGCCAAGGACCGUACGCAGAUGACGGCCCAGAUCGCGAUGGCAGCCCUGUACUCUCCGGAGCCAGUGCAGCAGUGGGACGGCGGGCUCGGCCGCAUCUGGCAACCCAUUCCGUACACCACUGUGCCGCUUUCUGAGGAUUAUCUCCGCUAUUACUCCAACUGCGCCUGGUUCAAGUCCCUCAUGAAGGAAGCCAAGGAGAGGUCCUUGCAAGAAGAACUGGCUCCGUACACUGAUCUCAUUCCACUACUGAAAGAAAAAACUGGAGCUAACUUCACUGAAGACCCUCUCCUCUUCGAAACGCUGUUCGACCUUUUCAGAGCUCAGAUUGGCCUUGGCUUGGAUCUGCCUGAAUGGGCGAAGCCACUGCUGCCUCGCUUGACUGAAGCGGCUCGGCUCGCCUACAAACUGUACUUCAGAAAUGAUGACAUGAAAAAAAUUGGAGGAGGCGUGAUGCUAAACCACUUCAUGCAAGCGGCCGACUCCAUCGCUUCUGGCGAGAAGGUCAACAAGCGGCUGAGAAUAUUCUCGUCCCAUGACUUCAACAUCGGCUCUCUGAUGGAGGUCACCAGGGUCGAAGGCAGUAAUCGGAGUAUCCCAGAAUAUGGGGCGCUGUUUGCACUUGAAUUGUACAGGUGUAAGGUUACUGGACAGUAUUAUGUUUUGCCGGUCUACCUCCCCUCGGCGGGCUCGUCGUCGGCUGAAUUCAUGAAAUUUUCAGGCUGUGAGAGCAGCUACUGUGAUUUAGAAACGUUCAGGAAUCAAACUUCACGUUUUCUGUUGCCCGAGAAUGAGUUCUACCAGAAAUGUAGUAUAAGGACCGAAUUGUAGUGCCGUAAGAAUCAUAUUUAUUGACUAAGAUUUACCUAAAGGUUGUGAUAUACUGUGAGAGAGCGUUUUAGGUUUAAGUGUGUGAAAUGUGUGUUAAAACGAGUAGACCUCUAAAUAAAAUGUAUUAUUAAAUA